CGUGUACUUCCGCUCUCAGCCACGUGGUGGCAGCACACCUGAGCCCUCUCAGACAUCCAUCUAUCCGCUCCCUGCAUCAGUCUGCUGCUGUCGCCUCUGCUGCUUCGUCGUUCCUUCGCGCGGUGGUCACAGAGCCAACACUGACCCGUACAAGCCUCGUCUGUCCGCAGAACCCACAAACCACAAAAUGGGGAACGGCUGCCUGAAAGCAAGCAAGUACUUCCUGUUCCUAUUCAACCUCAUCUUCUUUCUGUUUGGAACAGCCCUCACCGGCUUUGGACUCUGGCUCCUCCUGGACAAUCAGAGCUUCAUCGUCGUCCUCAAUGACUCCACAGAUGUGAAGAUAGCGUGUUACAUCCUCAUCGGCGUCGGAGCGUUCUCCAUGUUUAUUGGUUUCCUCGGCUGUGUGGGAGCCAUUUAUGAGAUCGGCUGCCUGCUGGGCCUGUACUUCACCUGCCUCCUGCUAAUCCUCCUCGCUCAGAUAGCUGCUGGUGCUCUGAUCUACUUCCAGAAGAGUGUGCUGCAUGAUGGGAUGACAAAGAUGGUCACCAAGGUGCUGGACAACUAUCCAGGAAACAACUCCAAAACCGAGCAGGCCUGGGACUUCAUCCAGAAGAACAUGGAAUGCUGCGGCUGGAAUGGGCGCCAGGACUGGUACGGGAACCAGAUCGUCGUCAGCAGCUCCCAGCUGCUUUUUCCCUGCUCGUGCCAGAACGUCUCCCUCACCUCUAACGUCUCUGACAGUGGGUUCUGUGAGGCCCAGGCGUCUGACUGGCCCGUCUACGACAGGGGAUGCGCCGCCAGCGUGGAAAACUGGCUCUUCACCAAUCUGGGGGUCGUCAUGGGAAUCUGCAUUGCUGUGGCUUUUGUCGAGCUGCUGGGGAUGAUUCUGUCCAUCUGCUUGUGCAGAAACAUCGAGAGCGAUUACGAGAAAGUAUCAAAUCCCGGGUUGGCCUAUUAAACAGGGAGCAAAAGGAGUGAAACGUCAAUUUUUGAAGCCUAUAUUUGAUAAAAAUUUGUCCAAAUGUAAAAAUCUUGUUUUGUUUUUCUAGUUUCCUUUAAGCACUUUAGAAACUUUUAUUUGAAACUUUAGAUCAGAGUGAUGCUGAAUUUGAUUUAUUAAUUAGAAGACGAGAUUUAAGGAGGAGCCCCUAAAGUAAAACUCUUAUUAAAGUGUCUUUGUGCUUUUAGUUUCCUUUUAAAUCUGAAGUUUGUGAACGUUUGGGUGCGCUUUCCUUUUCUACGUGAGCAGUUGAGAGGUUUUUACAGCUCUGUGUAUAUAAUUUUUGUGAUUAUUUGUAUAAUUUGAUUCCAAAAAUCUUCCCGUCAGCGUUUUUAUUUAUACCUGGUUUCUGUGAAUUUUGAAGUCGAUUUAUGUUUUAUUUUUUGAAUUUUUAUAGAAAAUGAUGAUAAAUUAGAGACAAUUGUUUCCUCCCAGGUUAAAUCUGUUUGUUUUAUAAAGUAAGCUGAGAGUUAAUCUGAUGUUCGCAGCCCAGAUUAAAUCUUAAAUGGAUUUUUUUAACACAUUAAAAUGUAUUUUAAAGGGAGAAAACCAUUUUGGGAGACGCUUAUCUUGGAAAUAAAUUGAAGCUUUUGAGCCAGGAUGUUUUUAAGCUUCCAGUUUUAUAUUCUAUUCCUUCUGUAUGAAAACCACUUUUUUAACCUUCUAAUGUUUUCUAGAUAAUUAAAGGUAUGUCUGUUGUUGUAAGCUAGAGUCAUUAAUAUGGACUCACUGCAUUUAUUCUGUUUAUUUUGUCAAUAAACUGAUCUAAACAUCUAAAA